GCUUUGAGAUAUAUAUCAAAAAACACUAUCAAAAUCGAGUGGUGACAAAAAGAAAAAGAAAAAAAGAAAAAUGAAGACCGCCGCCACAACAAGCGGCCUUCCGCCGCCUCUCCACUCUCUCCAGCCGCUGCGCCGCCGCCACUUCAACCGCUUAUUCGCGGCGGUUUACGCCGCCGCCAUAUUCUCCCUCCUCUACCACCACUCACUCAAACUCCUCCACCCAACCUCCGCCAUCUCUCUCCUCAUCUCUCUCUCUCUCCUCGUUUCCGACGCCCUUCUAGCCUUCAUGUGGUCCACGACGCAGGCCUUCCGCAUGAACCCGGUUCGCCGCCAAGAACACCCCGAAAACCGGCUCGACCGGGGGGAUCUCCCGGGCCUGGACAUAUUCAUAUGCACGGCGGAUCCCUACAAGGAGCCGCCCCUCGACGUCGCGAACACGGCGCUGUCGGUCAUGGCGUACGACUACCCGCCGGGGAAGCUGUCGGUGUUCGUCUCCGACGACGGCGGCUCGGAGCUCACCAUGUUUGCCUUCAUGGAGGCGGCCCGGUUUGGGAGGCUUUGGCUGCCGUUUUGUAGGGAGAAUAACGUCGUCGAUCGAUGCCCCGAUGCGUAUUUCAGCUCUUGUUAUGCUCAGAGCGCCGCCGUCGUCGAAAUCAAGAUGAUGUAUGAGAGCAUGAAGAUGAAGGUGGAAAGUGUGGUAAAAAAAGGUAAAGUAAGUGACGAAUAUAUUUCAAGUGAAGAAGAGGGUCAAAUUUUGCACCAAUAUCGCACCAAAGAUUUCAGUCGUCAAAGUCAUCCCUCUAUAAUUCAAGUUUUAUUAAACUCUAGAAAAGAUGUGGACUCUAGUGGUGAACCUAUGCCAAAUCUCGUAUACGUCUCUAGAGAGAAGAGCAAGGCCAGCCCACAUAACUUCAAGGCCGGGGCCCUCAACACGCUCCUUCGAGUCUCGGGCACCAUGACCAACUCACCGAUCAUCCUAACAUUGGACUGUGAUAUGUAUUCGAAUGAUCCCACGACGGCCCAAAGAAUGUUGUGCUACUUCAUGGACCGGCCCGCGCCCAUCGAGCCCAAUUACGCGUACGUCCAAUUCCCGCAACGGUAUCAUGGGCUCAACAGGGCCGAUAUAUAUGCUUCCGAGCACAAGCGUCUCUUUCUAGUCAAUUCGAUGGGGAUCGAUGGCCUAAAUGGCCCCAAUUACGUCGGGACGGGAUGCUUUUUCCGUCGUCGGGCCUUCUUCGGAAGCCCGUGUUCGUACGUACCUCCCGAGGUACCAGAGCUCAGCCCGGAUUACCUUGUGGAUAAGCCCAUCAAUACUGAAGAAGUUUUGGGCCGGGCCCAUCAAGUUGCAGGGUGCAAUUAUGAAAACCAAACAAGUUGGGGUUCUAAGAUUGGGUUUCGGUAUGGAUCAUUAGUAGAGGAUUAUUACACGGGGUAUAGGCUUCAUUGUGAAGGUUGGAAAUCUGCAUUUUGUAAUCCAAAAAGGGCUGCAUUUUUGGGUGAUGUUCCCAUCACUAUAAAUGAUGUUCUCAACCAAGUGAAGAGAUGGUCAAUUGGGCUUUUAGAGGUGGCGUUUUCCAAGUACAGCCCACUAACAUAUGGUGUAAGGAAUGGGGGGCUCUUAAUGGGCCUUGCUUACGCACAUUAUGCUUUUUGGCCCAUUUGGUUCUUCCCUAUCACUAUUUAUGCUUUAAUACCUUCAUUGGCUCUUCUUCAAGGACUUGCCAUUUUCCCUAAGGUGGACGACCCUUGGUUCUUAUUAUAUGCUUUUCUUUUUCUCGGAUCCUACUGUCAAGAUUGCUUCGACUUCAUCUCGACACAUGGCACGUUCGAGAGAUGGUGGAGCGAUCAAAGGAUGUGGCUCAUAAAGGCACCUUCGGCUUUCCCUUUGGGAAUCACUGAAUACAUAAGCAAGUGUUUAGGUAUGGAGACGCGUGGGUUCAAUGUGACUAGCAAAGUGAUGGAGGAUGAGCAAAGCAAGAGAUACGAUGAAGGGAUCUUUGAGUUUGGUGUUCCAUCACCUAUGUUUCUCCCUUUAGCCACACUUGCCAUAUUGAAUCUAGUCGCAUUUUUAGGUGGAUUCUUCUACGUGUUGAAGAAGGAUAUAGAGUUGGAUGCUUUCUUCAUGCAAAUGUUCGUUGCUGGUUUUGGAGUGUUGAAUAGCUUGCCCUUUUAUGGUGCUAUGUUUUGGAGGAGGGAUAAUGGGAGGAUGCCUAUUAGAACCACGGUCGCCGCGACUCUUCUAGUCGGGUUGUUAUGUGGAAUUACUUUUGUUUUGUUCGAGUUUAAUCGAGUCUAAACAUAACGAACAAAAUUCCACUUAUAUUUUGUAAGAAUUGUCCACUAAUUGCAAUCGUAUGAUGCGGACCAAUGCAUAUGCUUGGCGAAGUUUCGUCAUUUUGUGGUCAAUACAUAGUUUAUUUCUCC